AUGCAGCUGCUCCGAUCGCCCGGCUACCGCCCCUCACACAGUCAGCAGUCCCAGAAGUUGGCUGAUGAACUCGCAGAGAGGGUAGACGCUUUGGAAAAGGCAUCGGUGCAGAUUCCUCGUUUAUCGCGUGGCGACUCCACGGAAAGUAAUGAUAUUGGUCUGACACCGAUCACCGAAAACCCGCGAUCGGAACGUGAGCGACAGGAAGAGCAAGGACGGAGCUCACAUACCCUAAAGGAGUUACGGAGGCAGAUGGAAGAACUGCUCGUUUAUCAGCAAAUGCAGCAAACCCAGCCCGCCAAUCCACCCCAGUCCCAACCAGUUUCGAAUGAUACCCCAAGAAAAAGAAGAUUAUCCAACACCUCCGUCGAGGUUCCAGUAACCAUCGUGCACCCAUCCACAGGCUCAACAGACUCGGCCGGAACAAUUAAAGGCGUCGAUACUGAAAUGCCAUCACCCGAUCACCCACAACCGACACCAUCGUACCCCUUUCCACGAAUGCAGCAACGAGCUGCCAAGAUGGGACUUGAACCAGUAGGGCGCGUUGGACAAUUCAGAUUGAAGCUGCCCACUGAGAAAUCACCUCCCACAACGGAGUCUCAGACUCAAAGUUUAGCAAAUGACACGCAACCCACCCCCGUGUUUCUACCGGAUCAACAUAAAAGUGCUGUCGAAGACCCUAACUUUGCCAGCCCCAACCUGUACGAUCUGACACUACAGCUAAAUGCUUUGUCAGGCCUCGAAUCGUGGUGGACCAAUUUGAUCGACAUUCUGCAGACCCAUUAUGGCGCCGAUCGUGCAUCACUUGCUGUUCCUGGGGACAUCACAGAUCUAGAGAACGUGCCAUGGGGUCAAAAAGCAGUCUUCAACGGCAGUACCGAUACCUCGUUGGAUGACCUUCAAUCGCGUUCUUUUGAUAGGCCUCUGUCUCCCGAAGCCGCGGAAACACCUGCCACCCCGUGUCAGAACGAACAACCGGCCAUGAAGAAGCCUGAAGACGGCUUGCAGAGCAAUGCUUCAACCACGAGGCCUUCCCUAUCAUCGCGCCAUUCUUUCGCGGGAUUUGACAAGCACAAGGUAAAAGCCCCGGACAUAGAUCGAUCACAACAUCUCAAGACCAAUGUCAAGUCUGCGAAAAAGCACGUCCAAAUUGCUGGCCAACAAGAAGAGCUUGCAGACGAUACCCUCAACACCCUCCUCGGUGGCUUACGAUCAGCUGUGUUCCCGGUCCCCCGAGCAUUAGAGGUGGAAUCAGAUCCUCUUAUCAAGCGCACAGGCGUACCCAGAUUAUUUGGACGGACCCGUCCUGCAGUUUUGACUCGCCAAUACUCAGCGAACCCUGAGGAUCACUUGUACCCUUGGCCCGAGCCUGCUCAAAGUCCAAGUGAGACGAUUCAAAUCACUCCCAUUGUCGAUGGCCCAGAAUCUGGCCUGAAUCAUGGCACACACCCGCCACAGAUUCCCUCUGCCCUAGGCUCCAUUAGGCUGAGGCAAUACGAUGAAUAUGAGCAAAUCCCUCAAUCUCCAUGGUCCCAGUCUCCUGCUCCCUCACCUGCACCUCGUACCCAUGCAGACCAAAAUCCAUUUUUUUCAAACCAUGCGGUUGAUGAAGAUGCUUUCUCCAAGAAUCCACCCUCGCAUGAUUAUUCCAACAAUCUCCCGCUGGAAGCUAUUGGAAUUGAUGAAUCCAGAAGUGUCGUUCACAUUCCUCUCCUACACGGUGGUCAUUUUAACCAGGACUCCUCGUCGACAUUGAGAUUUCCUGUGGCUAUUGUAUCAAUACUGUCUACAAUUGUGCCCUAUCCACCCAAUCUCAGGCAAUCACUCGCCCUUUUGAUGCCUCACUUGACGAACUCUUUUUGCUUGGCUCAACGAGUGACUCAGCUUGAAAAGCAGGUAUUGUCCAAAGCGGAGACCCCACGCUAUGGUAACCUGCUAGGUCUCGGAGGAACAUUUUCAGAUGCAAGCAGCGAGCUGGAACUCGUUGCGGGACUGAGUGGCCAUGUCAACUACUCCGUCGGUGAUAAUCACCCAAUGUCUGCGCAUACAAGCAUCACCAGCCCCAGCGACCGUUCAUCGACGAAAUUCAGUCCCGCGGUUUCUGCAAUGGGCACACCAGGAUUUGAUAUAGGACAUGGUGACGGUUUUUCGAAUUAUUCUCCAAGAUUUACCUCGCGUUCUGGGGGAGAAGGCGCUGAUGGGUACUUCAAUGUCCCAUCACAGAAAAGCAAUCGAGAAAAUGUUCCUCAAACCAGACCUCGGCUCCCAAAGUCAAAAACCAACAUUGGGUCUUCAACACCAGCAUCCCCAGGCAAAGUGGUUGGCAAAGCAACCACUUGCGAGGACGCGUAUCCACAAGACCUGGGUGUAAUUGUCGGAUCUCCACUGCAAGAAACCAGACCUCAUCUUCCUAAUCUUUCUCCAACUCAGCAGUCAUCACGUCAAGCUUCUACAAACUCAUUGUAUGCUCACUUGCAGCGAGAGAUCUCACGCCCGGUACCUGAUACAAUCGCCCAUUUGAUGUUGAACUCAAUUCCAUUGCAUCUAUUCUUGGCCAAGCCCCAGAGCGGCGAGGUAAUAUGGACCAACAGCAAGUUUGAUGCAUACAGACGAAGUCAGCCACAGGAGCAUACCUUGCGAGAUCCGUGGCAAAAUAUACACAGCAGUGAACGAGAGCAUGUGGAUAGUGAAUGGGCCAAUGCUUUACGAACAGGCGCACAGUUUACGGAAAGAGUUCGGGUUAGAAGAUACAAUGAUGAAUCAGCGUACCGUUGGUUCAUUUUCCGAGCAAAUCCAUUAAUCUCAUCGGCAACAGGAGAAUUGCUGUAUUGGAUCGGCUCUUUCCUCGACAUCCAUGAGCAACACAUUGCUGAACUUGAAGCAAUUCAAGAAAAAGAGAAAUUUGCCAUCGACGCAAAGUACCGGGCAUUCUCUAAUUCGAUCCCACAGGUCGUUUUCGAGGCAACUGAAAAUCGCGGGUUGAUCUUCGUAAACGAACAGUGGAAUUUGUAUACGGGUCAAACCCUCGAGGAAGCACACGAUCUUGGAUUCGCGAAACACGUGCAUCCCGAUGAUCUGGAAAAGUGUGGUGGAUUAUCCCUGAACAAAGCAGCUCGUUAUGCAGACUCGGACGACAUUGCCCCAUCAUCAUCCAUCAUAGGAGUCGGAUCAGCUCUUGAUGAACUGGUGAGACGCGGAGUUGCAUCUUUGCAGAAAGAUGAAAAUGGCCGAGUGUUCUAUUCUACCGAAAUCCGUCUACGUUCCCGAGGUGGUGACUUCAGAUGGCAUUUGGUUCGCUUGGUACGUGUCAAGACUAGCAGUUUCGGAAGCGAGGAAGCCUCUUGGUACGGCACGUGUACCGAUAUCAAUGACCGCAAGAACCUUGAAAGAGAACUCAACAAGGCUAUGCAACAGCUGAACAAUCAAAUGGAGUCCAAGACGAAGUUCUUCAGUAACAUGUCCCAUGAGAUUCGCACUCCACUCAAUGGAAUUUUGGGCACCAUUCCCUUCAUUCUCGAUACACAGCUUGACAGUGAUCAGCGGCGAAUGCUUGACACCAUCCAAAACAGCUCCACCAAUCUCCGUGAGUUGGUUGACAAUAUCCUUGACGUUUCGCGUGUCGAAGCUGGAAAAAUGUCAAUGGUUAAAUCUUGGUUCCACAUCCGAUCAAUGAUCGAGGAUGUGAUUGACACCAUCGCCUCUCGAGCGAUCGAUAAGGGCCUUGAGAUUAACUAUCUCAUAAGCGCAGACGUGCCAUCUAUGGUGAUCGGAGAUCGAUUCAGAAUCCGUCAAAUUCUCAUUAACCUUCUCGGAAACGCGGUCAAGUUCACCGCGCACGGCGAAAUACAUAUCGCUUGCAAGAUGCACCACGAUGAGAUUACAGAUGAUAAGGACACCCAAGCAUUCAUGAAUUUUGAGGUCGUAGAUACCGGGAAGGGUUUCAGUCCACAGGAUGCGGAACGACUGAUGCAACGGUUUAGUCAACUUGGAGAAAAUGGUUCUCAGCAGCAUGCAGGCAGUGGCCUUGGGCUAUUCCUGUCAAAGCAACUUGUUGAAAUGCAUGGCGGCAAACUCACCCCUAGUAGCAAAGAGGGUCAAGGAGCAAAGUUCUCUUUUAAUGUGAAGGUCGAUGCUCCUCCACCACCGUCACCUUCUGAACAACCUAAAUUGCUUCGCCAUGGUUCAAACGGCUCCAGAAGACCAGCAAGUUCCAGAACGACCUCUUAUCAACAAGCGCCGUCUUUGAAAUCUCGAGGUUCUGACUCGCCUUCUGGGCUCAGCUCAAAAGGUCUUUACCCGCCCUCGAUGGCAUCUUCCGCUUUGCCCACUCCAGACAUCGGCUCCGAUCCAUUACCGCCUCCUUUGGACCAGACCAACAAGACUCUGUUAAACAAACCGGAUACUGUUUCAAGUCGAAAAAUUGAACCUGCUGUCACAAAGCCUGGUGCAAGCUCAACAAGUCCGCCAGCCCGCAUAACCUCGCCUUCCUCUCAAACUUCUGUAUCUCCCAACGAAGCAAUAGGGCCUAUCGCAGUUCCUUCUACUGGUCCAUUCUCUAUUGUGAUCUUGUGUUCGCUUGAGUAUUCUCGCAAGGCCACAAAACAGCACAUAGAGCAAGUUGUUCCUCGGGAAAUUCCUUUCGACAUCAAAUCGUUGCCUGAUGUUGAUGAGUGGAAGGAUAUGAUACAUCAUACUUCCGAUCAACAGCCUUGCACUCAUUUGGUCUUGAAUCUUCCUACCGAUGACAUCCUCGAGGUCAUUCACAUUAUCUCUGAUUCACAGAUAAAGCCUGCCCCAGUUGUAGUCGUCAUCUCAGAUCUAUACCAGAAACGCCAGAUCAGCACGCGAGUCAAAGAGCUAGCGGCAUCAGGGAAGCAGGUCUUCAUUGUGCCAAAGCCCGUCAAGCCCUCUGCAUUCUCAACCAUCUUCGACCCCGAGAGCAAACGUGAAUUGAGCAAGGAUCGCAACCAAGACAUGGCACGCGAAAUCAACAACAACUUCAAGACAGUGUCAAAGAUGGUCAAAGAAGUGUUGGGUAACAAAGGUUAUCGAGUUUUGUUGGUGGAAGAUGACGAAACUAAUCGUGAUGUCAUGCUGAAAUAUUUGGAUAAAAUCAAACUCAUGUCAGAAACGGCAUCCAAUGGAGAGGAGUGUACCAACAUGGUGCUCUCCAAAGAACCUGGAUACUAUUCUCUCAUCAUUUGUGAUAUCCAAAUGCCCAUCAAAAACGGUUACGAGACUUGUAAAGAUAUCCGUGACUGGGAACAGAAGAACCAUUAUCCACAGAUUCCAAUUAUGGCCCUCUCGGCCAACGCAAUGACAGACCAAAUUGAAAACGCUGCCCGCGCAGGCUUCAAUGACUACGUCACCAAGCCUAUCAAACAUAACGAAUUGGGCAAGAUGAUGAUGGGGCUUCUCGAACCUGGUCGACCUCUCAUGCUUCUAAGAGACCGCCUCGGCCCAGAGCAUCAGAAUGCCUUCACUGCUGCUCGUCGUUAA